AUGGCCCCCAACCUCUUUAUCUGCCUCCGCACCCUCUGCUGCCCUAUGUACUGGUUCCAGCGCGGCGACCGCAUCCAUCCCGAUAAAAAUCGCGAACAACAUUGGGAAACUCCCGUCCCUGGAACAUACAAGUUCCUCCCUGGGCAAGGCUGGCACCUUAUUCGCCGUGACGGGCACGAAGAUGAAAAAAUCCCCGCAGCCCUCGUCUACUGCCGCGUCCUACACCGGUACAUGUUCGAGUCCGAGCUUGAAGAGCGUUCGCGCUUCGUCAUGGCCCCAUUGCACAAGGGCGGUCGGCCUGAAAAGCUCCGCUUCUUCCUUCUUGAUGACGGCGUUCACUGGGUUGCUGGCUGGGAUGCUAAAGGUCGGUUCAUUCCCGGCCCGUAUCCUAAGUGGCGCCUGGAUGACGAUGGUGAGACUAUGCACCGUGGUGUCUCGCCGCCUACUAGUGCGGAUGUUUCUCGCUGCAACAGUAUUGUUGUGAGCAAGAUUGAGUAG